AUGCCUAUUGAAGCCAUGUUUCCCGACACACCCCGCUACGCGAAAAAGCCCAUUCCCAAGCCAAACACCUAUAUUCCCGUUGAAACACCUGGAAAAUCUCCAUUCGAGGGAAGUUGUCGCAAACGCAAGCAAGGACUCAAGUUUUCGUUUGACGAUGAUGAUGAUGACGACGACGACGAGAAAGACCUGGAGACUCCUUGCAAAAAGGCCAGAUUGUCCGGUGAUACUGGCUCCAGUCUCUUUGGUGGCAUGAAGCCUAUAACAGGGCCUUUGAAUUCAUUAUCCGACACUUCCUCUUCUCGCUCUGAAUCUGAGUAG